UGCAUAUCUAUCUGACCGCGUUAUUUGUCAGGCUGGUGGUGACUGGUUAGGUACAACAGCAAACUUGAGGGUUGUUGGAAAAAGACUGGGGCGGUGUUGAGCUUCUCACCCUCGGUUGGACCCGGAAUUCUUCCUUUUGGCUGGCGCUCGCUCUCGAUUCUCGAUUCUCACAGGGUCUGUCCCCAGGCAGACUCCAGUCUCGGCUUGCAACGUCAUCGUUCGGGUACUUUUGGGAGAAUGGUUAGCGGCAAAAACAGGGGACCACUCACCCGCAUUACCAUUGAGCACCCAGCCUGCCACUGCUUGGCCUUCCCCCAUGUUCCCAUGGUCGGGUAACGGAGCGACGUAAAAUCCGAUCGCUGGACAUUGUUGAGCAAGCGGUCUGGUUGAUUGGGGAAUUCGCUGUCGGAGGAAGCGGAAUUUACACUUCUUCUCUCCCGCACUUGUCUGCACCGGACACGCCAUCCCGACACAAAUGCAGGAGCAUUGUAUAAGGGGCGCUGUCCCGACGCGCUCCUCCAACCGUCACCAUGCUCAAGUCUACUAACUCUACAAGUCUUUUGCUGCGUAUUCCUAAGCUCGCCUCGUCCGUGUUUGCCGGUCCGCCCUCGGAAAAGACUGGAACAGCAAGUCCCUCAAAGGAGUCGAGCAGCCGAAUGUCCACCGAAUCGGUCUCUGCCUCUACGGAUACUUCUUCCUCGAUCCCGCCACCUACAACACAGCCUCUCCUUUUCCCUACGCACCGCAAAAAGAACCCGUCGCAUCAAUAUCACCCUCAGCACCACGCUGAAGGUGCACCGAGAAAACACACGCCCAGAAUGAUGGCAUUUCCCCUAGGUUACAAGGAGGCGGCGCACCAAUGGUGGACUAGCCUAUCAUCGCGACAAGCCGAACAGAAUGUACUCUCAUUUAUUCCUCACGUUCGCGAAGCCACCGGCCUAAGUGUCGGCGCGCGCCUCCUAGAUCUCGCCAACACCGAUCCUUUCGGCCAGCGAGUCUGGCGAUCAUCAAUGGUGCAGCUGUCGGGGAAGAACCGUGCCCUGAAUGAGUUCUCAAUCGAAAGGGAGGGCGAAGAUGUGGCCAACACCCUUGUCAUGCUGCACGGAUACGGCGCCGGGCUGGGUUUUUUCUACAAGAACUUUGAACCCCUCACCAGAUUACCUGGCUGGAAAUUAUACGCGCUGGAUAUGCUAGGGAUGGGCAACUCCUCCCGCCCGCCGUUCAAGGUCCACGCCAAAACACAAAAAGAGAAAAUCGCCGAGGCCGAGAGUUGGUUCAUUGACGCGCUCGAAGAAUGGCGCAAGAUUCGCAAGCUCGAAAAGUUCACAUUGAUGGGCCAUUCAAUGGGCGGCUACCUCGCCGUUUCUUACGCCCUCAAGUACCCCGGCCACCUCAACAAACUGAUUUUGGUGUCACCGGUGGGUAUCCCGGAGGAUCCCUGGGCAGUCAACGCCGACAUGCCCGAGCCCGAAACCUCCACCAUGGCAGCUGAGUUCACCCAGGACCAGGAAAGCAUCGUGCACCAAACCCCCGCUGGCCAAAACGCCGAGUAUGUCAACGCGAAAGCCAGCGACAAGAAAUCCGUCGCUUCCCAGCCCAACACCUCCACCACGCCCCCCAAGCGACCCCUUCCAGGGUGGCUGGUCUGGCUCUGGGACGCAAACGUCUCCCCGUUUAGCAUCGUCCGCUUUGCCGGACCGUUGGGUCCCCGGUUCGUCUCGGGGUGGACAGCCCGCCGGUUCAACCACCUGCCUUCGCCUGAAAAGCAAGCACUGCACGAUUACUCUUAUGCUCUGUUCCGCCAGCGUGGGUCGGGCGAGUAUGCCCUGCCGUAUCUCCUCGCCCCGGGGGCGUAUGCCAGAUCACCAGUCAUCAACCGCAUUCAGGACGUCGGCCGGCAGGUCAUCUCCCCCAAGACUGAAACCACCCCAGAAGUAAAAGAGCACGGUUUCCCGAUUGUGUUCAUGUACGGAGAAAACGACUGGAUGGAUGUUGCUGGGGGGUAUGCCGCCGAAGAAAAGAUUAAAAAGAGAAUAGAGAAAGAAUUGCUAGAGGAAGGGGGAGCAGAGAAGGAGAAUGGGAGUGUAAAGGUUGUUGUGGUGAGGAAGGCGGGGCAUCAUCUCUAUGUGGAUAACCCCGAGGAGUUUAAUGAGGUUGUGAGGAGGGAGUUGAAGGAGACGAUGAUGGUGAAUCAAAGGAGGAGGAAUUAGGGGGUGGGGUGGGUAUAAAAUAGAGGAUGGUGUGCUUAUGGAAGAUUAAGGGGAUGCAUGGUAGCGGCGUUUUACUGUUUGAGGAGGGACCAAGAACAUGGGAUGGGUUGUAUUUUGGAAGUAUUAGCAGCAUAGGGAGGGAUAGCGGUCAGGAUGGUGCAGACAGACAAGGAUGGUUCUAUAUGAGGAUGAUGAGGGGAGGUUAUGGUAGUAGACAGGCAUGAGGUAUUUGGCAGGCUGGUCAGGUUGGAAUUAGAGUAAAACCAACUGGGUGUUUUGUAUGGGCGUCUAUGAUGAGAUGGAUAUAGUAAUUUUGGGGCAUCUAUAUAUAAGGUAGUGUUCUCAUUGGUUUUGGCAGCCGUAGCCAACAAAAUUACAACUACCUACAGUUGGUUAUUGGAAAGACAUUGCUACUUGCUCA